AUGGAAUUCACUCGUUGCGGUAUCCAUGGCUUCCACGAAGUCAUUGGUAUUGACACCGAUGAGAUUAGAUUCUUCUGGGCCUUGCACGCCGACAAUGAGUAUGCCAGACAGACUGCCUAUCGGGUAGUUGUAUCUACCGACCGUGAUAAUUUGGAAUCGAGUGGUGUGUGCUGGGACUCUGGGCGCGUUGAGAGUGAUGCUCAGAGAAACAUCAAAUGCACUCCCAAGCAGCCUCUCCAGUCGACCACGUUUCAUUACUGGAAAGUGACUGUAUGGGACGAAAAUGGCAUCCCCUGCGAAAGCUCCGUGAAUGAGUUCUAUACCGCAUAUCCGCGCUCAUCGGGGCUGUUACCGCCAUACAGCAUGAAUCAGACAUAUAUGCCACACAGUAGUCUUAUAUUCCGUACUUGGUUUGAGGACGAGCCCAACCGAUGGAAGGCAGUUUGGGUGGGUGAUGGUGGAGACAAGCCCAUCUAUUUAAGAAAGUCUAUCCAGCUUGCUCGACAGCCCUCUCGAGUCGUUGUAUUCGCAUCGGGACUGGGACAUUUCAAUCUCACCGUCAACGGAAAGGCGGCAUCUGAUCAUGUACUUGAUCCUGGCUGGACAAAUUACCACCGAUCUGUUCAGUAUGUCGGCUAUGACUUGACUUCUCAAUGGCAACAAGGGGAGAACGUCCUUGGGGCUCAUGUUGGAAAUGGUUUCUACGCAGGCGAUCAGGGUGACCGUUUCUUUUGGCCUACGUACGAGGAUAAUACCUUCGUUCGAUAUGGAAACGAACUAUGCUUCUUCGCUGAGGUUCACCUGCAUUAUGCUGAUGGUUCCCACGAGACCAUGGUGUCAGACCCUACGUGGAAGGUGAGGAAAAGUGCCACCACUCUUGCCAACAUUUACGCCUCAGAGAAUCAGGAUCUACGCUUGUACCCCACUGGUUGGGAUUCUCCUGGAUUUGAUGAUGCAGACUGGUCGCCAGCAAAGCCUUUGACUGGUCCGAGAGGCAAGUUGAGCUACCAGAGUCAGCCCCCAGUCGUCCUACAUAACACAUUUCACCCUAUCAAACAGCAGGUCACACGCCCUGGUGUUAUUGUUUAUGACUUGGGGCAGAACUCGAGCAUCAUGGUGCAACUGGAGGUCAGUGGACCAACUGCGUCAGAAGUCAUUGUCCGGUACGCCGAGACCCUUGGAGAUAAUGGAGAGGUCUUUAUGCCGGAUCCCCUAUUUAAAGAAUUCGAGCAUAACGUAUACUCCAAGAUCAUCCUUACUGGUGAAGGCCUUGAGACUUGGACGCCUGACUUCUGCUUCACAAGUGCUCGAUAUAUCCAAGUGGAGGGGGUCUCCGACUCCGACAGCGAUAGCCUUCCCAUCAUUCAUUCUCUAAGUGCUCGACAUGUCUCAUCAGCUGCACGCCAGCUUGGGUAUCUCAAAACUGAUAAAGAAGACGUUAACUCACUUAUCAACGCUUGUUAUUGGACCUUUGCCAGCAACAUCUUCAGCUACCAUACCGAUUGCCCGCAGAUUGAGAAAUUCGGAUGGCUAGAGGUCACAUCGCUUCUUGCACCUGCCACGCAGUAUAUCCGUGACAUGGAAGCAGUCUACACCAAGAUAUUGGACGACAUCAUCGAUGCUCAGGAGCCGAAUGGUCUUGUACCUACAAUGGCACCGGAGAUUCGGUAUAUGUGUGGCCCUCUCCAUGACACUAUUACCUGGGGCUGUGCGGUGUGCUUCCUUCCCGAGCUUAUCAAGCGCUACUACGGGUCUACUCACGUAUACUCUAAGAUAUAUCAGCCUUGUGUGCGAUAUAUGGAGUAUAUGAAAACCAAGGAGCGGAAAGGCGGUCUGAUUGAGCAUGGACUGGGCGACUGGGGCUAUGAUAUAGCCUUUGGUAAUCACCAAGCGAACAUUGAGACUGCGGUUUACUAUCGCUGUCUCUGCAACGUGGCGAUGAUGGCAAAGGAGCUGGGAUUCACCGAGGAUGCUGCACUGUAUGAGGCCUGGGCUGCACGCAUCUACGAUGUUUACAAUUCUCACCUUCUUGUUUCCGAUAAGACCGAAUAUCCCUAUGCCUUUUAUACUUCUCUGGACAAUCCUGGUAUCCAUGACCGCACUAUGGUUAACCAGGCGCUUGCGCUGCAGUUCGGCCUGGUGCCUACAGAGUAUCGCUCUGAUGUUAUCCAAGCGUUUGUUGCUGCUGUAGAGGAAUCGGGUCCCAGGAUCCGCGCUGGAGAAAUUGGGCUGAAGUACGUCUGGAGCACAUUCACCGAAGCCGAAGUAGAUCGCCCCGACCUUGUCCUCGCCAUGGCCAGGCAAGAGGAACAUCCCAGUUACAUGCGAUUCAUCCGACGCGGUGAAACCACUCUCUCAGAGUUUUGGCAGGACGCCUGCCGGUCCAAGUGCCACGAUAUGCUGGGGACGAUCUAUGAAUGGUUCUACGCUGCGGUGCUUGGUGUACAACCCGUCGACGAUGCGUACCGCACAUGGAAACUGCGGCCACCAUUUCGAAGCGAGUUCGACUUUGUUGAAGGAGAAGUUGAUUGCCCGUACGGCUUGAUUCGGGUAUGCUUCGAUCUUUGGCAGAGAUUCGGAGGAAUGGAGGACAGGAGUCAAAGAAGGUAA